AUGGCUCUGAAAGAUCAUCUCAGUCGGUGCCACGAACAGUUUAAAGCUGCAAAAGCAGCGAAAUCAGCAGCAAAAGAGGACGACGGUACAGCGACUAUACAGCUUGACUGGAGUGAGAAUUAUACGCUAAAGCAGGCAAGAGAUGAGAAAGGAUAUGUCUGGACUAAAAAUGAAUCGUUUAGUUUUGGCUCAUUAAGUGAUGAUACCAGCCACAUGUCAGAGUCAGCUUGGGCUGCAAUAAAGGAAUUAGUAGAAAACUUAAUUCGACAGAAAAACAUUACAACCAUUAAUAUCAUCUCUGAUUCUCCAGUGUCGCAGUUUCGAAAUAAAACGACAAUUUCUAUUAUGAAGAAAUAUGCUGAAGAAGAAAAAAUAAAUUUAAAAUGGAUUUUUCUCGAAUCUGGACACGGCAAGGGAGUUGCUGACGCCGUCGGCGCAGCGCUCAAACGAAAGUUUGAUGAAACAAUUGCUUUUGAUCCUGAUAACAUUUAUCGAAAUGCUCUGGAUCUGAUGAAAGCAGUUGAAAGUUCAAGUGAUAUCAAACUGUUCGUCUAUGGUACAGACGAUAUAAAAACUGUAAAGGAGUCGAUUCCAAAUAUUGCCACAGUGAAAGGAACAGCAUCGUUCCACGAAGUUUUUGCUGCAGACGAUGAAACUUUGUAUGCUAAGAAUAUCUCAAACGAAAAGGAAAAAAAACUGAAAACUGUGACUAAGAAAUAA